CCCUCUAAGUUAAAUUAAUUACAUCCAACCCCAUUUCUAACGACCCUUUCACUUUCAUGUGAUUAAAUAUCUUGUAUUAUAAGGAGCUCAUUUAUCACCACCUGAGAAUGUAUUCACUGCAUAUUUAUUUAUUUUUUCAUUUUGAAAGUUAUAUAGCCAUGGAGGUGGAGCAAGGCGGUGCUGUGGUUGUUGUUGGGCGGGCAGAGAUCGAUACCCGGCCACCAUUUCGGUCAGUUAAGGAGGCUGUGAUGUUGUUCGGAGAAAAAGUUCUAGUUGCAGAAAUUUAUGGCAAUAAGCUCAAAGAGAUGAAAAUCCAGCAACGAGAAAGCGGAAAAAGUCAAUCCAAGAUUUCAACCUUAACAUCAGAGCUAGAAGAAACAAAGCAAAACCUGCAAAAAGCUAAAGAGGAAGGCAAUUCAAUGUCACACAGCAUAAAAGUACUUAAAGAAGAGCUUGAAAAAACAAAACAAGAUCUACAUUUGCUCAAAAUAGUAGAGUUUCAUUAUUAUGGUUUAAGAGAAAAUAAGUAUUAUUAUGAUUAUUGAUUUUCUAUAGUUUGGUGAAUAUUUUGUUGGAUUCAUUAGUUUAAAAAAGUUAUAAAUUUGUACUAAUAUUUCAAAAGUUAUGUUUAGGGAAUGAAAGUAAAAUUAUGAUUUUGGUC